AUGUCGCGACCUGUAGCUAUCCGCACGCACACAACUUCCCACUGCAUCCCUGAAGAGCCUUCUCCACGAUCCUCCGUCCCCUCUCUGACCUACUCCUCCUCUUCAUCCGCCGAUGAAACCGAAGAACCUCCCAGACCUCGUCGCGCAUCUACAAAAUUGAUCUCGCAAAAUGCUGCCGAUGUCCAGAGACUCAUUGGCGAGUCCGGCACCAAGCUGAUUGAGAAGUGCUGCGGCGGGGGUUGCAUGAUGGCAAUCACUAAGAGCGACGGCCUUACAUUCGAGCGCGUUCCUCUGCCAGACAACGAUGCGUAUCGUGCUCUGCAAUUGAACAUUGGGCCAAUUCCGACUACGCUGUCGAAUAUCCCGGGAAUGCCCCCAAAGACGGUACACCUGGAGCAGAUCAAGAAGGGUGCCACUGAAACUUCUUCGACCGACUCUGCGAUUUCUAUGGGCGAGACGAAGGAGGAGUCUACAAUUGAGGUCCCGAAUAACGAUUCCAUUGACUUCACACCCCACCUUACGAGCGAGCAUCACGAAAUCGAUACUAAGAUCCACCCUCCGAGCUUCGUCCAACCUCAUCCUCCAUACCACGUCUACUCUGCGAAGAUCUUCUCUGCCCGCGAACUCACCAGACCGGGUGCUGAGAAGAGAACUUUCCAUUUCGACCUCGAUGUCACCGACUACCCUGAGGAGUUGGGCGUGGACUUCAAGGUGGGCGGGGCAAUUGGUGUCUCUGCUCCCAAUGAAGAGUCAGCUGUCGAUGAGCUCAUGGAUCUACUCUCCAUCCCACGAUUUCUACGCGACCGUGAGAUUCUGCUGAAGACUGAUGGCGGACGCUGGCCUACUGUCUGGGGCGAUGAGAAGGCUAGAGAAUUGGUCACAACACGUCGAGCACUCUUGACCUGGUGCAGCGAUAUCCAAUCAUAUGCUCCUACCAAGCCUCUUCUACGAGUACUUGCAGAAUAUGCUACGGAUUUGAACGAAAAGAAGGUUCUGUUGUACCUGUGCAGUGGAGAAGGACAGGGUGUUUUCUGUGAUUUCAGAACCGGACCACAUGUCACCGUCAAUCAACUUUUACACGCUUUCCCCUCCUCGAAGCCACCUCUUGAUGACCUCCUCUCCAAUCUCCAACCUCUUAUGCCACGAUUCUACUCUCUGUCAAACGACCCCCACGAAUCCUGCGUCCCAGCCGCUGGCUGUUCCCGCCUCAUCGAAAUCGCAGUCACCGUCCACGAAACCCCCAAUUGGCGCGGUGGUCCACGAACCGGUGUCGGUUCCGGCUUCUUCGAGCGUCAAGCAAGAAAGUACAUCGAAGCUGAAGCCAAGGGAGAGAAGAUCGAUCUCCGCGUCCCUAUGUUCAAGGGCUUGAUGGCCAAUCCUCUAGCUAGAGAACAUGUCGCUGAUGGUCCUAUGCUCUUGAUCGGUGCCGGUGUAGGCGUGGCUCCAUUCCGAGGUUUCAUGCAACGACGUCUCCGCAACGCCAACUGUGCGAAUAAGAUUUGGGUUCUUCAAGGUGUGCGUGAUUCUCUGUACGAUGAGCUGUAUAGUGGAGAAUGGGGUGUUCACGAGAGCGAGGUCAAGAAGGUUGUUCAGAGUCGGAAGAGUAGUGGGAAUAACAAGUAUGUUCAAGACGAGGUUAUUGCACAAGCAGAUCUGGUCUGGUUCAUCAUCAAUAGUCUCGAUGGUCGAGUCUUCGUUUGUGGUAGUAAGCAGGGCAUGGGCGAAGGUGUCGAUGGAGCUCUCAUCGAUGUUGCGAUGAAGAAGGGAAAUCUUGGUCGCGAGGAGGCUAAGAAGUUUUGGGAUUUGAAGAAGGAAGCUGGUCAGUACAUUGCUGAGACUUGGUAG